UUUGUGCCACAUCCCGAUCUUUGACAACCACCACGAUAUUGGCACCAGGCUUAAAUAUUAUAACAGUGUAGGGGUGCCCCUCCUAUUACGAGAUUCUCUUAAAAGUAUUUUGUAUUAAAGAAUGUUGGCUUAUUCUUUGACGUAUAUCAAUAUGUAGCAAAGAUCUUAGUUCCAGCAAGUUAUUCUGAUGUUAUCAUAACAUUGUAAAUAACAUUGGAAAUAAAAAAAAGUGUGAAAGAGAUAAGUAGUGUGUUCCCCAGUCCAUUCAUUAAAAAUCUCGUCUGCUAGGUUUCGUCUCGAUCUCGCGCGCUAGCGCUAGCACAGCACGGAAAUUUGAUGCCAGCUCGCUGAAAAACUCCAUCGUCAAGAGGAAUUUAGUAAUUGUCCGAAUCCCAAGAAAAAGGACCCCAAAUGAAUUUCCCGGAACUGUCAGUCACUUCAAAGUGCCAAACCACAUGCUGCGAGGGAUAUUCAGAUCUCCAUGAAUGAUCACUUGUGCGCUGUCUUUACGUCUUGCAAGUCGCACCAGGAGCCUAACGGAGUGGAAUACAGACAGGCGAAGCCCCGCCCCCACGGACGCAACCAGCCCGAGUCGGCCGGUGCCCCAACAACCAUUGCUGAGAAACCACAAUCCUGGCAGCCCGUCGCGGCUGCCGAUAUGGCCACCACUGCGGCGGGGCUGUUCGGACACCAGGUGGACCUGAACCCGGGGAAAAAUAACCGGUCCAAGUCCAAGCACUGCGGCCACUCCUUGUACAAAAAGAAUUUUCACCGCCCGACCUUUUGCCACCAUUGCACGGAUAUGCUGUGGGGCCUGUUCGGACAGGGAUAUAUCUGUGAAGUUUGUAACUUUGUGACUCAUGAGCGCUGUUUGGACAACAUUACAACACCGUGUAGCACAGUUGCUGCUGACCGAGUACAGAAUCCUGUUGCGCACGCAUGGAGCGAGGCGGGCCAUUAUCGCAAGAAAUUCUGCAAUGUUUGUCGUCGCAAGCUGGAUGACUCGUUAGCCUUUCGCUGUGAAUUAUGCGAAUACUACACCCAUGCAAGUUGUCUAGAUUUCGUCGUUAGUAACUGUGUACGGUGUGCCAACUAUGAUGCAAACAGAAAUGUAGAAAAAAUGAAAUUUACACAUCACUGGAGGGAAGGCAACUUACCGGCCAACAGUCGAUGCGCAUUGUGCAAGAAAUCCUGCGUCACUUCGGAGUGUUUGGCAAGCAUGAAAUGCGAGUGGUGCUGGACAACUGCUCACACAGGGUGUUACAAAAGUUUCUCCUCCGAAUGCAAUCUAGGGCCCAUCCGAGAUCUGACAGUACCCCCUUUCGCCAUCUCUAUGCCCGUCCCCAACUCGGCGGUCAAAGGGGAUGUCACUGCCAAAGGUCAAGGUGGCAUGCCUGUUAAGGUCCCGCCCAGGAAUUCUCAUGAAACUCCGCCCCCUGCAUGCAAACCUAGCACCCAGGAAGAGCCGGCACUCCGCAAUACGGCAAUGAUGAUGAGGACUCGUUUCAGGCGAUAUCAGAGCAUUUCAUCAAUCGAGAGCCCGACAGAGGUCAAAGGAAAGGAAGACGGAUCUGAAGAUGGUCAAUUGCUGAGAAUAUAUGACGGCAAGACGUCAGUCAGGCGGAAAUCCUCGCACACCAUCUCGGUCUCGAAGGAUGCCACCGCCGUUCAAGUCGUGGAAGCAGCAAUGAGAGCCCUUCACUUAUCUGACAACCCCAACCUGUACUACCUGGCUGAAACAUCCGAGAAUGAAUCUGAGGGUCAAGAGAGAAGGAUAGGUGAUGUGGAACAGGCCGGUCAGCUCAGCAAGCAGCUAGGAGUCAAGAUACCAUCCUUGAUACUACGAUAUCAGGAGACAAAAGCCAAGAAGGGUCUCAUCAAAGUCUAUCCAGGAGCAAUGAAGGUCCCUGUGGAGUACGUCACUGUCUCCAUAACCAGCUACAUCUCGGUCAAAGAGAUCAUUGAAAUGGCUCUGCACAAGUUUGGCUUAGAGGAUGAAGACCCAGACAUGAUCUCGUUGCUGGAGCUGAUCAUCGAGCACGAUAUCCACGAGAGGGAGAUGGAUCGGGACGAGUGCCCCUGGCCGCAACUCAUCAAGGCCAGACGGAAUUCCCUGCUCCAGAUGAAGCAGACGAGAUACCAGCUCAAGCGAGCGGAUGAGAAGAAGCCAGUCAACGCUGCCCAGAUGUUUGUAGGCAAUCUCCCAAUCAACCUGUCAGAGUUUAAGUACAAACACAUCAUCAGACAUCUCUUAGAGGAAGCGGGAUGUCCGUUGUUCACCUCAGUAGGAAAAGUCUACGUACAAUAUGGAGCAGCAAUAGUAGCCUUUGAGGACCACGACGCAGCCAUCCAGGCUUAUCACGUUCUCAAAGACGCCACCUACGAAGACAAACCGGUCAAUUGCAUCUUCAUUCCAGAAAUUCACAUCGAGUUCUUGAGACCCGAUGCCACGCCCCUCCUUCUCUUCAUCAACGUCAAGAGCGGAGGCUGCCAAGGAAUCGAGGUCUUUGACAUCCUCUCCAAGAUGGUCAACCCCUACCAGGUCUUCAACUUGUGUCAGGGCGGUCCACUGCCGGGGUUGCAUGCAUUCAGCCAGCUGCAGGAGUACCGUAUCUUGAUCUGCGGAGGUGACGGUACCGUAGGUUGGGUGCUGCAGUGCUUGGAUGACGUAGGGCAGGAGUCGGUGUGUAGCAAUCCCGCCAUUGCCAUACUACCACUGGGAACUGGUAAUGACCUCUCCCGGGUCCUGAAGUGGGGAGGCGGCUACCAGCAAGGUGAUGAACUCUACUCCAUCCUACAGGCCAUAGUAGACUCGGAGGAGGUCAAGCUAGACAGGUGGACGGUGAUCUUUGAAACGGACCAAUCUAAACUGAUGGAGUGCGACAACAAGUCCAACUCCUCCAACAGCAGCUCGGGCAAUGAGGACAUGCCCAACAUGUUUGUCAUGAACAACUACUUCAGCAUCGGCAUCGACGCCGACCUCUGCCUGGGAUUCCACAUGGCCAGGGAGGAGAAACCGGAAAAGUUCAACAGCAGGUUGCAUAACAAAGGAGUUUACUUCCGUCUUGGGAUGCGCAAGCUGGGCAGGAGAACAUCCUGCAAGGAACUACAGAAGGAGCUACGAGUGGAGGUGGACGGCAGACCGAUUGAGAUCCCGUCAAUAGAGGGCAUGCUCAUACUCAAUAUCUCAAGUUGGGGGAGUGGCGCGGAUCCGUGGGGCGUGGACAACCAGGAUACCACCUUCAAGAAGUGUCGCCAUGACGACGGACUCCUGGAACUCGUCGGCUUGACGGGGGUGGUUCACCUGGGCCAGAUACAGAGCGGGCUCCGGACGGGGAUCCGACUGGGUCAGGGGGCAAAUGUCCGUGUAUGGCUCAACACUGACAUGCCAGUGCAGGUUGACGGGGAACCAUGGAUGCAACUAGCUGGUCAGGUUGUGGUGUGCCGAUCUGCAUUGCAGGCCACCAUGUUGAAGAAAUCCAAAUCGAAGAUCAAGCGCCGAAACACGGAGCCCGCCCUCAACAGCAACGACGGACAGACCAGCCCGCGACGAGAACAGGCCCGACUCGUCGCGAUGAAGAGCGACGAAGGCGGUCAGGUUUGAGAUUUGUUAACUCCACCUAAUAACCUCACGAGGGGCGAUUAAUUUUCGGUCGUCGCUUUUUUUUUCCUUUUAAAAAGGAAACGGGAUAAUAAUGUACUUUUUUUCGCCCCAACACAAUUUGGACGGACUGGCAAGAAGCUUCGGAUUAACUUGAGAUUUUUGAAAGUUGGACACCGGCGUUUUAUGCUCCUUGACGAAGACGUCGAAACAAGGAGAGAUUGAAUGUGGAUAACCGUCUCCAUGGUAACAAGAGAUGACCGUUGCCAUGGAGACACCAUGGUAACCAAGAAUACUGCCAAGUGUUUUUUUGUGCAAUGAUUAGUGAGAAGUGAUACGGAAUGGAAGAAGAAAAAAAUUUAGAAAUUACUCUAAAAAAAUUCGUAUGAAAAUUACAAUAAAUUAUCUAAAUUUAUAGUCUUUAGCAGAUAACAAAUAUUUUACAAUCAGUGAGAGCAUGAGAUAAAUUAGGUUUACGUAAAAUAUAAAAAAAAA